AUGACUGCACACACGCGCUACCUAGCCUCGGCCUCUGCGCCCGCAGAUACCGAACCUCCACCCUUACCCUCACCUCCGCCUCCACUCCACACAACACUACCAAGAAUGGACGACAGCUCGGUGCCCGCGGUUCACUUCAAACGACGCAAAAUCACACACCCUAAAAGAGCAUAUGGCGACAGCGAAGUCCCCACAUCUGCGGAACUGCAUUCUCCAGAUGUCGUGACCACGAGCGAUACACCUGCACUUCCCACCGUGGUGGACGAUGAAGAGUCAGUUCCUAACCUAAAAGACAUCAUCCGCAAUCGCAAGCGACCACGCGACAGAAUGCGAGAAGUUGCGCGCAGAGUCGAGACCCCUCCAACGAUCGAGUCUGUUCAGGUCGACGCGCCGCGGCCAGGUCAAUACACAAGCCGAUUCGUUGCACAGACUGGCCAGGUCGUGGAUCGCGAUGAUACUCAGAUGUCGGAAUAUGUAGAAGCUCGCCUGGCUGAACAGAAUCACCGCCAAUAUGGUUGGCCUAUACCAAAACACCUUCAAGAUGCUGUAGCAGCCAUCGCGCCAGAUCUGAAGCACACAUUCACUGAACCCUUAUCAGUGCGGGCUACGAGCGGUUCCGAUGCACACGUGGAUGCGGAGCACAUCAAUCGUCGAGCAGCUGGUCAGGGUAAACUAGAAGAGGUGGAUCUUGGGCCAGACGCUGCCGUGCGAAUCAAAGAAGCCUGGAAGCGCCUGGAUAACGGUCUACCGCAAGAGGAAUCAGCGAAUCAGCCACGCAAAGGAAGAUACGGCUACCAAGGGCGCAAGAACAAGCGCAGAAACAGCGAUGCCGAGCGCCGGGAACAAAUGGUAGAAGCCGUUCUCAAAGAAGCAAAACUCGACUUCUUCGACGACACAGCACCCUCCAACCCUUUUACCUCCAAUACCGGCAACAACGACGAAGCCGUGGCUGAACGCUUCCGCGCCGAAUACCUCGAAGCCCUGGAGGAACAGCAACACAAACGCAAACCCCCUGCCGCGAGCAGCAGCACGCGAGGCGUCGAGAAGACGUCCAAAGGCCCUAAAUGGGGUGGUUCGAAGAGUGCGAGAGCGAAGAUGCGGUUGCAGGCUCAACAAGCGGCAAAGGCGAAGAAGUAA